GAUUAGAGUUAGUAGUUCUUAAGGAUUUUCUGUUGUAAGGUGGAGGCUUACUAAGGUGGAAGCUUAAUUCCUUUCUCAGAUCUUUAUCAAGUAGGCAGCAUCAAUGUGACACAGUUAAAUUCCACUAGUUCCAAAGGAAAUGUUUGUUAGGCGCUAUUCAUAAGAAAUGGUUUAGAAUUCUUCUGAAGAUUAAAUGUGUACAUCAGAUCUGGGAGAAGGGAUGAAUAUGAGUAGGCUUUCAGCACAUAUCACAGCCAGAUCUGCAAAGCAAAGGUAUUGUAUUAUUUUAUGGUUUGGGCCACCCAGAUCAUAAAAUAUAUGAAAGAUGAAUUUCUGGACUUGUCAUACAGCAGUGUCCAAGGCAUCCCUGUGCACAUACAUACAAACACAUCUUGUGUCUUAUUUCCAUAAGAGUAAAGGCUUAUACUGAUGUCAACUAAUAAACAUAGACUGUUUUUCAAAACAGUGUACUGCAUCAGAGUGAUGAAUCCAUUCACUGGUUUUAUCAGGAAGAAUGUUCAAUCAAGCGCGGUCAUCUGGGCAUGCUGCAGUCAAAAAAGGAAAUCUGAAAGAAAGAUGUAGAACUAUCAUUAAAUGUAUCUGUUUUAUGGGCUGUGCGAAGGAUGGAACUGGGCAUUCCCUGUGGAACUCUGAUAAGUGGUUGGCAGGCUGCAGGCAGGAAUCCUGAAUUUAGCAUUUUUAUAUAUCUGUACAUCUGUAGGUAGAUUUAAAAAUUGUGUAAGCAUAGUGGGCUGAUUUGCUUUAAUUAAAACAAGUCAAGGUAUCUGUGGUUCAGUCUCAAUUAGAGCGUGAGAGAACAGUUCAGGUCUGUGAUUUUGGAGUGAGGCAGUAAGAAGCUCAAAAAAAAAAACUGGAAAGAAACCAAGGUGAUGUCAGCUGCAGACGGAAGAGAGGCUGGGCAUCCUUCUGACCCAGCUCCCUGGCUCACAAGCUGGAGUUUGUGAAGCUGCAGCUGGGAGCACACAUUUCUGCUUGGAAGAACUGUACUGGGAAGCAUUUCUGGGACUGUGCCUUCAUAAGAGUGCCUACCAAGGCGUGUGCAGAAGGAUGGCUGCAGCAGAACCUCUAACCGCUUUCUCCCGAUGGUACCUCUAUGCCAUUCAUGGCUAUUUCUGUGAGGUCAUGUUCACAGCUGCCUGGGAGUUUGUGGUCAAUUUCAACUGGAAGUUCCCAGGUGUUACCAGUGUGUGGGCACUCUUCAUCUACGGCACAUCCAUCCUCAUUGUGGAGAAGAUGUAUCUGUAUCUCAAAGACAAGUGUCACAUUUUAGUGCGCUGCUUCAUUUACACCCUCUGGACGUAUCUCUGGGAGUUCACCACUGGCCUCAUCUUACGCCAGUUCAAUGCCUGCCCAUGGGACUAUUCCCAGUUUGAUUUUGACUUCAUGGGCCUGAUCACCCUGGAGUAUGCCAUCCCAUGGUUUUGUGCUUCUUUCAUCAUGGAACAGCUGGUGAUCAGGAACACCCUGCGCUUGCGAUUUGAUGAGACUGCUGAGCCAGGGGCUCCCACUGUUCCUGUUGCCUUGGCCAAUGGCCACGUGAAGACGGAUUGAAGCAUGACUUGGAGCCCCCCUUAGAAAUCUGAGGGAGCACAGACCUCUACCACAGGCUGUUAGCUCUGGCUUUGAGGUACUGGUCCUUGCUGUAUGAUAAGAUUCAUAAACCCCAUUUUUCUAAUGGGGGUGUGCAUGGGAUAUACCAGAAAAAAAAAAAAGUGGAACCAAUAGAUUUUCUAAGGAUUUUACUCUUUGGGUUCCAAGGACCAAUAUCAAUUACUUGUUAGUUAGGUUAUUUCUGAUUUUAACUUAUUACAGAUGAAAGCAGUCCUUUUGCUUAUACUUUUGUGUGGAGAAAGAAGAAGGAGGGAAAAAAAAUGCUAAGGUGGAAAAGCAUUCAAAAAGGAAAAAUGUAAUCAUUGGAUGGUCAUGGACACGCCAGCAAAGUUAGUGAUUGGCUUACUCCAUUAGGCAAUAUUCAGGUGCUUGCUUGCAACCAAUACCUCCUGUGGGACCUGAGAUGCUGCAGGAACAAGGAAAAUCCAUCUGCUAUGGAGAAGAACCUAAGGCUGGCAGUCUGCUGGGGAGGUAGAUGGUGUUCCCCUCAUGAGGUCCCACUGGCCUACCCCGGGGUUCUUUUUUGCACCACAAUACAAUCUGGUGCUGGACAUCUUGCUGAAUUUAUACAAAUCUUGUACUUCUUGAAAUCUCAGUCCUGAUAAUAGAUUUUUUUUUUUCCUUUUCUUUCUUUUUUUUUUUUUUUUUCUUUACGAAAAAGCCUUUUUUGCUGAGUGAAUUUUACCAUGAUCUGUGCAAUCUGAAUCUUGGCAAAAGGCACAAGAAAUAUGUAAGUCUUCCCAUCUCCUCUGUCCCCCCAAAGCAGAACUUGUCUGAAGGGCUGCUGCAGAUUCCAGCUCUCAUCCUGACCAUGUGAACCUUGAAGAGACUGUACAUGCCACAAGAGUCUUCUGCCUUCCUUCCCAGGGAUUCCUCUGUUUCUGGUGAUGCUGAUGACUUAAUCUGGCUGCAACUCAUUGUACUUGACCAAAGGUCAAAAUCUUUGUGUGGCUGAAGUGGUACCUAGCAUUCAGUUCUAUAGCACUGAUGGUCAUCCUCCAUCAGCACUGGCAGCCCAGUGGUCUCCUCAGUGUUUCAAGAGGGUUUGCUCUUCCUUCCCAAAUUACAUUCUAAAUAACCACAGCAGACCUUUCCUAUUAGAAUAACUGGAGGCAGCAAGAGAUACGCCAUGCUGCCUGAUAAAGGAAGACACAUUGCUUCCAAAAACAAACACUAUUUUUCCUAAAGAGCACUUCUUCACAGUUUGAGCAAGGUUUUGGGUUCUAGUGUGAGAGAAGCAGUAAAGAGCUAUAGGAGCAGGGAGUGCUGUGGCUCCACUUUGGAGCUUCUUGCAUGGGGGCAGUUUGAAAUUUAACCUCUUGGGAAUGCUUAUGGAGUUUGGGAAAAGUUGUAGAAUAGGGAAGGUGCCUGAUACUGGCAACCACAGGUCAAAUAAUGUGCUUUGGUAAGCCUUGGCUGUCAGAGUUCCUCAAAAGUGGAAUUUCCUGUUGUCAGAAGUACAGUGCUCAUGACAGCUUUACCAGGCAGGUUUGCUGUAAUUGCCUCAUAGGACAGAUCAAUUUUGAGCAUUCCUAUACUGUAAUCAGCAGAGCUGCAGCAGAGAUGAAUUUGGUUUGAAACAUACAUGUUUGUGGGGUUGUGAUUUUUCCACUCUUGCAAUGGAAGUAGAUAGGUCAUUUUUGUGCUGCUACUCUGUCUGAGGUAGAGCUCAGCUGUGAACCCGCUCCUUGUCCUGGGGAAUCCACUCCCAAGGGAAGAAGCACUUCUAGCCUCGUGAAGGGAAUUAUUGGCAGGUUCUGCCCUUACAAAGCCAGUGUUAAUUCUUUCUGUGUUGCGUAGAGUGCAAUUAUUUUAUUCCUCUCCUUCCCCCUUCUCACAUGACAUCCAUUGCUGGCAAUGGACACAAACCAAUGGCAUCAAGGAGUUAAUCACAUCUGCCUUGGGGUACACAGUGUCUCUCAAAGCACUCUGAAUGUUUAGGUGGGUAUUUAGUGUUUCCUUUUUAUAGAUAAUUAAACUAAAAGAGAGCAAGCAAUGAGCAGAUAUAUAUACUUCUUCCUUGCUGUGAUGCCAGUAUUAUUAAACCAGAGAAGCAGUAUGUUGUUUGUUAGUCCGGGUGAUCUCACAUGUGCAGACCCAGGCAAAACCAUCACCUCAUGUAGUGCAGGGGGACAAAAAGAUUUAGCUCUGCUGAGUUACAGCAAGAACUGCAUGGUGUAGAUAAGAGCUGGGGUCUCAUCCCAUAUCUAGAGGCGUUCAAGGCCGGGCUGGAUUGGCCCUGGGCAGCCCAAUCUGGUGGGUGGCAGCCCUGCCCAUGGCAAGGGGUAGGAACUAGAUGAUCUAUAAGGUCCGUUCCAACCUAAGCCAUUCUAUGAUUCUGUGAUGUCCCUGCUUUGUCCCUAGUUCUGUUGGGGUCUUGCAGUACCCAGAGUUCUCUUGCAGCACAGUGUGGCUGUGGUGUGAUGCUGCCUCUUAUCUACCCACACCAUCUGAAACCCUCAGCUUCAUAAAAGCAUCUCUAGGAGCCCUGCUUUCUCCUUUGCUGCUACAAAACUCUUAAAAAUGUUAAAAGGAGCUAGCAGCACCAUUUGGUGACUCCGUACCAGCUGCAGGUGGGACAAAAGGAGGAAGAGUUCACAGAGCUAACUUGGAACACAGCCAUGUGUUGUGACUGCAGAAGCUUCCACCAAAUAACAGAGUUCUUGCACAGUGAUGUAAUGUUCAGGUGCUCAGACUAUGGAUGGGUUUCCCAGCAGCAUAUGACAUCUUAUUCUAUUAUCCCUAUUGCCUAUGCCAUUGUAGUAACUACUCUGGUUUGCUUUCCAGUGAUGUCUGAUGUGUACCACCUAGAUAUUGCAUCCUUAGAGACUUGUAAAUUAUACCCAGAAGUGCACUUUACUUGCAGCUUGCACACCAGAAACAGGAAGGGAUCCAACAAAUUAUUAAAUAAUUUCAAAUAAUUCCCUGGACAACAAAUGUUAUCGCAGGGUUUGCUUUAAUACGAUGUACCUAACACAGCAGGGUUAGAUAGACUUCUUGCUAAGCAAUGUGGCUUUGUCUUUUCUGCGAAAUCUCUCUUUUUAAUACAUGUGAUGCUUCUUACAACAUCUUACAGGAGAAGUGCCCAGAGCACGUUACCGGGGUGUUGAUGGCAGCUCAGCGUGAGCUCAGGAGCUGGACUGGACUGAAGUGGUAGAGACACUUAAUUAUGAAGGAAAAAAACAAAAAACAACGCACAAGGCCUAACCAUUUGUUUGUAUGUGUAUCUUCCUUGGUAGAUUAAAGUUGCCUGUUUUGAGUUCACCAGCAAUAAAAAACUUGUGAUUUA